CUCUCUCUCUCUCUCUCUCUCUCUCUCUCUCUCUCUCUCUUACUCCCUCUGUUUCUCUCUCUCUCCCACGCUGUAUCAGAUUCAUGAUCUACACUGUGUAGUGUGUGUGCGUGUUUUUCUAUCCUUCCCCUUUGACUGUGUGUAGGCGGGUGUGUGUGAGGACUCCGUUCCUCUCCUCCAUGAAAACCAUGGAUGGAUUGCGUCUGCCACCACUUAUAGAGGAAGUACUGGACUCCACAGAGGAGGGCAGCGAUCUGAAAGCAGGUGAAGACACGAUGGAUGACCAGACACUGGAGAAGGAGCGUGAGAAAGCAGAGAUAGAGGAAGGAGAGAAAGAGAAAGAAGAGAAAGAGGAGAAGAGCAAAGGGGAGGAAUUAGAGGAGCUGAGAACUCAGAUACUGCACCUGCUGCUGGAGCUGGAGGAGGCACAAGACACGUCACAGAAACACGAGGAGAACAGUACUGAGCUUCAGGGUCUUCUGGAAGAAGAGCGCUUAGCGAGUGCGCACCAGGCCGAGGCCUUCACACGACAGAUCCAGUGUCUACAGGCCCAGGUGUGUUUAGUCCAGCAGGAGAUGGAGGGAGUGGAGCAGCAGAGAGUGGAGCUGCAGGAGGAGGUGCUGACGCUCCAGCAGGCAGCAGAGGAGUAUGAGCUUGAGACCGUCACACUGAGAGCUGAGAUCGCGAUGAAGAGUCAGAGGAGAGAUGAAGAAAGGAGGAGAGAGGGUGAUGUGGAACAGCUGAAGGAGCAGCUUGUCAGUUUAAAGGCAGAGUGUGAGACCUUGAAGGAGGCCAACAGUAAACUGACAGAGAGACUACAGGUCCUGCAGGUGAUCAGAAGUUCAGGUGGUGUUGAAGUUAACGAGAAGGAGGAUGGAGGCAAUCAGACAAAAGUAACUGGUGGAUCAGCUUCUACAAGCAGAUUUGUGGACGUCUGUAUUCAGAAGAAUAUUUCCUUUGAUGGAAAACUGCUCACACCCACAAGUUUGAGCUCAGGGUUCUCAGAGACUCUCUCCCUGAAAGAGCAGCUCAAAGAAGCUGAAGAGAGAGCAGAACAACUGCAGAGGCAGUGUGACGGUGUGCGGACUGAGCUGAGGGAGCUCCAGAACCUUUUUGAGACCAGUCAGAAGGAACGGGCUGAGCUGGAGCUGGAGCUUCUGCACUGUAGGGAGGAGCUAGAGAAACUCUCAGAGGAGAGACAGUCACAGUUCCUCAACGCCUUCAUGAUGCUUUCAUAAGAUCUCUGCACUGAGUCUGCUGUUCUUUCGCUGCCUUUCUUAGGAAUGAUCGUCAUCAUGGCAGUUCUGUGGUGUUGGUGGUCUGAGCUUGCAUCCUGAACAGCAGCAGAGUUAAAAUGGAGUCUGUGGAUGUGCGAGCGCCAACAGUGGCCGUGUUGAGCUCUUUAUGUUUGUACCAUUUUGGACCUUUUGACCCACAGACAGCUGAUAAUUUGACCUUUUGACCUUCUCCAUGACAACAGGGCACUUUGGGCUUUGGGAUGUUUGACCAAAUAUUAUUAUUAUUAUUAUUAUUAUUAUUAUUAUUAUUAUUAUUAUUAUUAUUAUUGCAACUUUAUUUAAACCAUUUGUACAAAAGGUCUUUAAUACCAAACUUAUAUGCGGCUUGAAAUCUAAUUUAAUAUAAUAUCAUCUAUAUGUUUUGUGAAGAUGUUAAUUUAUUCCACUAUUUAUCUUAAGUAUCAUUCUAUUGUAUAAAUCGAUCUGUUCUAGAGUUUCAUCUGUUUUCAGUUAUUUACUUUAGCAUUAACAGAAAGCCUGAAGCGAAACCCAUUUGCUCCCUAACCCUGUGGUGGUUUUUACUAGAACGUCGACGCUCUUCGUAGAUUUAUAGAUUAUUAAAAGAUUGAAUGAUGAAUGAGUUUUUGUUGAUUAAAUUGCUCCAUUUGCACAUAAUAUGCAUUAAAAAUAUCAGAUUACUGAAUAAGAUUUUUUUUUUUAAAAGAUUCAUAUUUGGUUUGUGAUGAAUUUCCAGGUUUGAAUGUCCUUUUUAAACAGAGCAUUAAAGCGUCUGUGUGCGUCGCAGCAUCUCAGCAUCAGUCUGAAGGAUUAAAGUGAGUGAAGUUUAAAUCUUAGUGAAGGUGAAACACGUCUCAUUAAUAAAUGUCUCAUUUACACGUCUUUAUAAAUCGUCUUAUAAAAUAAAUCAUUAAUUCUCUAAUAUUAGUUUCUAUGUUAUCUCCAGCAGGAAAAAAAAUAACUAUUGUGAUUAUUUCUGAUUUAUUUAUCGCACAAUUUUUUUUUCUCUCUAAUAAAUAUGAUGAUCCUUUAAAGUAGAAAAUAAAGAUUUAUAUUUAAUAUUUUCAAUAUGUCUUCUGUGACAUUUUGUUUUUAAAUGCUUUGCAUUUUUAUUUGAAGAAUAUUUUAUUUUGUUUGUUUUAUUCACAGUUGAACAUCAGUGUAAUAAAUCUUGUUUCUAACAUUAUUAAUAUUCAUAGAUUUGUACAUGCGAGUGUUGUAGAUGACGCUCAGAGCUGUUGAUGUGAUGAUGUAGAUUUUUGUGCAUUGUGUGUUGUGAUGCUUGUAGUUGAAAAUGACACCAAUCAAAUCCAGCAGAAGGUUGGAAAAAAAAGCAAAAUAAAGCAAUAUUCCACUUUGCAUCAA